AUGCAUAAUCGAAUUAAGGAUGUGAAGAGUGGCAGUGACGAUAAUGGUGAUACUGUUGAAAGAAAUGAAAAGGUUUGCUUAGAUGGCAUUGAUACCAGGAAAUAUACAAGUUUUCUUACUCUAUUCAACACCUUAAAGGAACGAAAUGCAUCAUCUGUGGAUACCGAUCAUACUCGGCACUUAGCAUCUGUUCAAGAGAGAUCAGAGUAUAGAAAUGUGGCCGUGAUAAAAGACUGUGUGCCAAGUACACCGUCUCAGCGGUCGAAUGCUAUCAAUCAGAAUUCAAGUGGCGAACAUGCUCGCGAAAGCUGUCAUAUAUCCGGGGAACUGCAACCUAUUACUUUCUCUAAUAUGAAUCUCACAACGAUUGUAAACGGUACAGCGCCAUUUGUACAAUCACAUGGCUUCAAUAGCAACACCGCUCAAAGUAUCGAAACCAUUGUGGCAUCAUCUGAGAUUCAAGUGCCAUGUUCCAGCUUGUUUUUUCGUCGAUCUUUUGAAUUUCUAACACGAAAGAAAAAAGAAAUUGAAAGGAUCGAAAAGGAUGGAGUGACACGAAGUAUAUCUUUUGAUGCCACCUAUACGACAAGCAAAAGGAAAUAUCUUGGACGAAGCUCAGAUUCAGAUAUUGCACCGAUAAUCGUACAAGAAAUGGAUGACAGAACUCUGGUUUGCGUAAAUGGUGAACGCAUAGAUUUCAAGUUGAAGCAGUCGUCGGAAGAAAACAGUGGCAACUCCAAGCCAAUUAAUAAAAAAGAAGUAUCCAUUGGCAAAACUACAUCCAUUGAGGUUGAGAAUUAUGCUGAUGCAGAUAAAUCACAAGGAAUCAAAACUUUGCGUAAUAUCAACAAAAUUCUAGCAAGAAAACUGGCUAAAACGGAACGAAUAGCGCAGUUGCUUCAAAUACAGCUCAAAUUUUAUGACAAAACAAAUGACGCUAAGUUUGCGUGCAUUUUGGCUGAUGUCAUCGAUCAGCUGAAAUUACUAUUACCCAAUGAUCGAUUUCGUGAUGAAGCUUUAGAGGUUUUGAAUUCUAUGAAUCCAUCUGUUGACGUUAAUGAUGAAAAGUCUGUCUUUCUGAAUAAUUUAUUGAAAGAAAUUGAACACGACGAAACAGCGUUCUCAAAUUCCGGAACGUUACGAAAAUACUGUGAACGAUUAGUUGAAUAUGCUCGCAAGCAUCCACCCUUUCUUAUGGAACUGCAGGAUCAAAUAAAUGAAGUAAGAAUUUGUUUGUUGGAUUAG